AUGGUCCCAUGUUUUGAAUCAAUUUUAAGUGAAUGUCUUCCAUAUCUUUGUCAAUUUGUUUAUACAAUGACUCAUCAAAUUGCUAAUCAAAUAUUAAUUAAAGAUUUUGUUCGAUGGCCAAUGAAUGUUAUAUUCUAUGAUGAUAAACGACAAAUACCUAUUGUCAGAAUUGGAUCAAAUCCGUCAGUAUUAUCAGAUGUUAAAAGAUAUGAAUAUAUGAAAAGUGUGAUAAUUAUAAAAGACAACGAAUUUACUCUAUUAAAUACAAAAUUUAGUCAUGCUUGUGAAAUAAUAAGUUGUUUAUUGGCUGAUAUUAAAUUACCAUUUCGUAUUUCUAAACUAAUUUUUUCAGACCAAACACCUAUUUUUUCAAUAAAUUCAAUAAUUCAACCUUCUGUUCGUCAUUUAAUUGUUAAACGUUGUUUAUAUGAUGAAAGAGAAAUGUUAACACUUGCUCAUCAAUUUUCACGUGUUAAAUAUUUAGAAUUAUUAUUUUCAUUAAAUAAAUCUUCAUUUAUUAAUUGUUUCAACAUUGUAUUCAAUCAAGAUGAUAAUAUUAAAAAGAAAAGUUGUUAUUGGUCUGAAUUGAUCUUUUUUUCAACAAAAUUAUUUCAUGUACGCACAAGUAUUAUUUCGAAUGAAAGUCAAUUGUAUAAUUCGUUCAUUCGAUAUACAAAUUUAAAAGAUCCUAAACAUUUUUUUCAUCCUCAUUGUCCUUUUUCAACUUUAACUAUUUGGUAUUGA